AUGACUUCCAAAUUAGAUUGCAAACCCCAUUGCUUGGAGACAGAUUCUGCGGAUUCUACGUCGGAACCUGUCCCUUCUAGAUUGGCUCCCGCUGUAAAUUUUAUCUUGUCAACAGGCACACGAGCAACCUCAGGCGAAUUCAUGAAUGCAGGGAGGUCAUUCCAGAACAUCUCUUCACCUUUCCUACUAAACUGGAACAAAUGGAAACACCCAAAGUAUGCCAAUUUUACCGAACGUUAUGCCAGCUUCAGCGAUUGGCCAAAGUUCUUCAAAAGUCCCAACAAGAAGGACUUGGCUAGAGCUGGUUUCAUCUACACCGAAAUUGGAGACAGAGUCACCUGUUUUUCGUGUGGAUUGUCUCUCAAGGACUGGGAACCCUUCGAUGAUUCCUACAGAGAACAUUUCCGUUGGUAA